AUGUCCAUCUUUUACAUUCUCUACGUCGCACUAUUGACCUUCGAAUAUUUUGACUGUGGAAGAGUUCACAAGUUUCCAGUUAAUUUAAAUCAGAGGGAGGUGCGAUACGUCGACGGUCAAAAUUGUCACAACGGUAAUCCAAAUGGUAAUCAUAAGAAAACCACAGAGAAAAGUAUCGUUCUUGCACAAAAAGCAGCACAGGAAGCUAAAGCAGCCUCGGAGGCUCAGAAUAUCGCUGGUCAGCAAGCUUCUCGUCAAGUAAAAACGCAACUUGCUGAGAAAGCUGUGCAAGCCGCGAAAGCGGCACAGGACGUGCUGACGAGAAAGAAAUUAAUAGUGGAUCAAUUGCAAGAGGAAGUGAGAGAAGCUCAAUCGGUUGUUCAAGAAGAAUCUUCCUCCUUAGAGCGGGAACAGUCUAAUCUGAAUGCUGCUUUACAAGCGGCAAGGCAAUCUCAAGAUCAGUUAAAGACGCUAACGCACGCGGUGCAAACGGCUAAAGCGAACGCGGCGAAUGCCCAGGCUGCCGCGGGCGGUGCGCAAAGAUCGAUGAGGGAGAAAGAAGAAUUAGUGGACGCGGCCAAAAGACGCGUCGAAGAAUUGUCGAAUCAGCUGAGAGUGGCCAGACAAGAACUAGCUAAUACGAAUCGAGAAACUGCCAAGGCAAACGCUGCUGCUACCGAGGCGAAAGCUAAUGCAAAUAGAAACAAAAGACGAUUGGAAAAUAUUCGAAGAAGCAGACACAUGAAGCGGUGAUCUAUCGAUUUCAUCCAAAGUCAUUGCCCGUAAUAAACACAAGUGCAACGUUAUCUAUAUUUACAGGUGCGUGCACGAUUGAAAAAGGAAGCCAGCGAAGGCAAGGAUAUUAUAUCACUUGAAUAGAUGUAAAUCGAUUAAUGAUAAAAAAUUAAUAUAUGCAAAUUUAAAGAAGAAAGGUAAAGGGUGUUCCCUAAUUGUUCGUUUCAUU